GAACUACGGAAACUAGUUUUGUCUGGCGAGCAAAAAAAAAAAGCUUUUCACCGCAAGACCUACCGAGAAAAAUGCCAAUCUAUGGAAAUGAUACUACUACUAUCUGGCAUCGCUGAUCUCUGUCGAUAGUAAGUAUUUACUGUUUCUUGUGAAGAGGUGUAUUCUGUCGUUUAGUGAAAAAAUAUUUUCAAAAAUGGCUGAUCCAGUUCCGCGUCCAAUGAAAUUCCCAUACACCUUUUCCGCUCAAAUAGCGCAGUUCCCAUAUCAGCACUAUUUUAAGAACCAAUGGGUAUACCGCUACUAUAUCAUUGCUCUGGGUUUGUCUAUCCCACUCUUUUAUAAAAUAAGCAAAUUAGCUAACUCUCCGGGAAAUGUUGCUAAAUGGGCGGAAUCGAAACGCAAGGAACACGCUGAGCAUCACUAGGUUAAUGCGAUCAUUUCAUCAGAUAUUGUUUCAUUAUAGUUAUAACGAUGCAUUGUGAAACUGUAAUGAAAAUUAGUUAUGGUCGUAAAUAAAUGAUACUAUGUGAUAACUAAA